CGAAUCUCUUUUCACUAUAGCUUCGGGUCCUGAAAACAAAAGGGGAGGACCCAUAGACUCGCAUAAAACCAAAUUGCGCUCGAGAGAGAUAAAUAUACCUAUUUAUUUAUCUAUCUGUAUUGAUAUGUCUAUAAAGAAAACAAUAAGAAGCAGAGGAAUAAGAGAGAACCUCUCAUAAGUCAUGGAUUCGCUUGUUGUGGUAGAAUUUCAACCUCCCUUUUUGGGGAAUUCUGGAAUUUCUCUCCUUUUGCAGGUUGGAAUUUUGAUGUAAUGUGGUGUGCUUGGCGGGUUAUGAUUAUCCCGUAAUUCUAAAUAUGGAUUUAUCUUUUGGGGGAAGUGCACUUGAUCCAUCAAAAUGUAGUAAACUAAGCAUGGAUGAAAAGAGAGAAUUAGUCUAUCAAUUAUCAAAGUGUGCAGGUGCCUCUGAAAUGCUACAGUCAUGGAGCCGCCAGGAAAUUUUGCAGAUCCUAUGUGUGGAGAUGGGAAAAGAAAGGAAGUACACAGGAUUGACAAAAUUGAAAAUCAUAGAGCACCUUCUUAAAAUUGUAUCUGAGAAGAAAUCAGGGGAGUGUGAGGCCACAACAGAUGUGGAGACAGAAUCAUCUCCUUCACUGGUUCAGAGAUCUUCCAAAAGGCAGAGGAAAACUGAUAACCCAUCUCGGUUAGCUGUUUCAGUUAACUACAAUGCAACUAACAAUGGAGGCAAUGAUUUAGGUAAUACUGUAUUCUGUAAAAACUCAGCUUGCAGAGCAACCUUAAAACAAGAUGAUGUUUUUUGCAAGAGGUGUUCAUGUUGCAUCUGUUAUAAGUAUGAUGACAACAAGGAUCCCAGCCUGUGGUUAACUUGCAGCUCAGAACCUCCAUUUCAGGGUAUUGCAUGUGGCAUGUCAUGUCAUCUUGACUGUGCCUUAAAACAUGAAAGCUCUGGCAUUAGAAAAGACGGGCAUGAUGGGAGUUUUCUUUGUGUGGCUUGUUGGAAAGUGAAUGAUUUACUUGGAUGCUGGAGAAAACAACUAUUGAUAGCGAAAGACACGAGGCGGGUAGACAUCCUAUGCUAUCGUGUUUCCUUAAGCCAAAAACUUCUUAACAGUAAUGGAAAGUAUCAAAAACUUCAUGAGAUUGUAGAUGAAGCUGUGAAGAAGCUUGAAGCUGAAGUAGGUCCCUUAACCGGCCUACCUGUAAAGAUGGGUAGGGGUAUUGUCAACAGACUUUCUUCAGGACCUGAGGUUCAAAAAUUGUGCGCUUUUGCUUUAGAGUCAUUGGACAAAAUGCUUUCAAAGACAAUUGUGCAUCCAUUCCCUGAUACAAAGAUAAGAGAUUUAAAUGCAACUGCUUCAAUUAUAAUCAGAUUUGAAGAAGUAUAUGCAACUUCACUUGUUGUUGUUUUGGGUUCUGGAGAUUCACCACCUGGUUCUAUUGUUGGAUAUAACCUGUGGCAUCGUAAAGCUCGGGAUCCUGUUUAUCCGACAGAACCAACAUGCACACUGUUUGUGCCGAACACGAGGUUUCUUGUUGCAGGUCUAUCUUCUGCUACAGAAUACAAUUUCAAAGUUGUUUCCUUUGAUGAUGUAAGAAGAGAAAUGAGCAUGUUGGAAGUUCAGUGCUGUACUCAGGAUGAAGUCCCAAAUUGCUCUGUUGUUGAAAGAAGUCAAAGCCCAGCAACCAAUUGCAGCAGUCUUUCUAAUCCAUCUUCUGUGGAAGAUGAAACUAAUCAUAAUGCUCAAUGUGGUGACCAGAUCUUUAACCGAGUAGACAAUUAUCUUAGCUACUGUAAGGACAAUGGUAAAAUUGCUGCUGCCAAUGUGUCAACUGGUGCUAUAAUCUGUGGUAGCACGAGUGGGGGAACCCAAAAAGAUGCAGUUCCCUUGUUAGACGAGGAACAUGCAAUGCAGGUUGUCAACUCCAUGCCAAGUUCCAAUGUCCAAAAGCUUCAGAACAAGCUUUUAUCCGAGGGCCAAAUAGUUGAUGAAAUAAGCACUGAUGACGGGUCUGAUAUUCCUGCUCAUACUGGCUUGGAAUGUGUGCCCUAUGUAGGUAACUCAGAAGCUAGCUUGCCUAUUACACCAUGCAAGUUGGAAAUGAUUAAGGACAUCCAAGGAAGACAUCCAAGGUUGAAAUCCAGCAACAAGGAUCUGUCAAAUGGAACCAGUAAAGGAGAGGAGCCCCAGGAUGCCAGCACAUCAAAAAAGAGAAGUGCGGAAAGGCAAGAUGAUGAGUGUACAGCAAAUGGUCAUUCAGACAGGGAUUUUGAGUACUAUGUGAAGGUUAUCAGAUGGUUAGAAUGUGAAGGACAUAUUGAGAAGAAUUUCAGGCAGAAAUUCUUGACUUGGUACAGCUUAAGAGCAACCCCACAAGAGAUAAGGGUUGUGAAGGCAUUUGUGGAUACCUUUAUUCAAGAUCCAGCGUCUCUUGCAGAGCAGCUUGUGGACACCUUCUCGGAAUGUGUUUCGAGCAGGAGAUCAUCUGUUGUGCCUGCUGGGUUCUGUAUGAAGCUUUGGCAUUGACAGCCUCAUUAUAUACCUGGAACUAGGUAACAUAGAUUGGUGCACAAACCAGAACCUGCCGGUUUUUGUAUCAUUAAUUCUUUAGACCCCAUUAACAUUCUUCAUUCAGACUACUAUAUUUAUAUUUAUCAUCAACAUUUGCCAUUCUUCUGGUGUAAGAAUGUAAGAAUUCAUUUUCUUUUAUAUAUAGUGCUCCUUGCAUUCAUUUCCAUUUUUGGAAUAA